UCGAAUAGACGUAGACAAGUAGCAUUUUUUUCCGUCUUAUAAUCGAAUGAAAUGAUAUUUUUAAUACGAGUAGUUGAGUAUUAGUAACACAAAUUAUGAGGAGUGCUUUCGUCAUCGGGCUAGUACCGGAAUGUCGCUGGGGAGUCUCAAAUCGUGUCAUGCAUUUACCUCAAUUUCUCGGUUACUAAAGCUCUGUUCGCGAUUAUAUUGACGCCUUAGACGUUCUAGAAAAUUGCUCUACCACUUUAACUUGAGUUUCUGGUAACCUUUAGUGUCCCUUUAAGAAAACUCCAGCGCUGGUUCCCCAUGGAUGAGCCGAUUUGAAAUUUUUUUGUUGUUUUUUUUGCGGCAGAACACUCCCUAGAGGCCACGUAACAAGUUUCAGCGUAUUUGCUAGUUUGUUAUGCGGCCUGGUGAGGCGCCCUUUCAGAGAUUAUGUGUGGUCCUCCGCAGCACCUACUACCACAGGUUGGCGGUGACGACCAGCGAGAGGCCCCCUUCCUACGUGUCCGCCUGCCUCUUCUGGCUUCGUGAGGCGUUGCGCGCCGCGUUCCGGCGGGCCGCCAUCCCUCCGAGCACGGCGCCGCUGGGAGAGGAGUUGGAGUUGGAGCGCACGAUGCGUGCCGAACAGGUAUGCAGUGCUUCGUUCGAGCUCAGGUACCGUCCAGCUGAAAUCGGCGCUACGAAGCGGUUUACGGCACAAGCGAGCGCUUCAGCGACGUUUCGUGAACGCUACAGCGAUGAUUGAGGCAAGAGUGCGCGGCCGCUGCUCCUAUCGCAGCGCUCUCACCAGAGCGGGGUGCUUUAAAGAGUUCCCCGCUUCUUCCUGCCUCUUAUUUUCC